GAACAUCGCAGAGCUCUGACGGAGUCUUGCAGCGUGACACGGUUUAUACCGAAUGGGGUUUUUUUUUAUAUAUAUAAUAGUCCUUACAGAUCAGUUCUCUCGUUCUCUACCGCCCAGCUUACUGCGUUGAUCAAGUUUUUGACAGUCAAUGAGAGAGAGAGCGAGAGAGAGAGAGAGAGAGCGAGAGAGAGAGAGAGAGAGAGAGAGAGCUGUGAAUGGUGAAGUAGCAGGGGAGGGCAGGCAGAGAAAAGGCGAGAGAGAAAGCGGCUGGCCUUUGUAGUCGGCCGAGGAAUGCGGAAACGUCCCUGCUCUGUGUCAAACUCCUCCGGAGGGGGUCGAGGCAACAUUCAGCACAGCGUGGGAAAGCGACGGGCAGAGCGAGCUCACCGAGCAGCUCAGCGCACCACACUCUCUCCGCUUAGAUGGGAAAAACGCGUAGUGGGGGAAAACGGACGGACGGUAGCCUAGCCGAACUGAGGAUAUAAGCAGUUCUGCUUGCACGCUCACUGAGGACUUGGGGGAAGAAACGAAAAAGCAAGUCGCUGAGUUGAGCUCGGUGUGCCGGAGUGGCGCAGGCGCUGGCGCAGGGAGGAUGGGGGGUUAAAGCGCUGCAGCCGCCGACUACCUGUGUGGCCUCGCUGGGACAGUCCGGGAUGUAGAAGGGGGGAGAGAAUAAAAAAAAACCCCCCACUCCUGCUGCUUCUUUCUCGCAGUUUUUUUCCCCCCCUUUUAAUAAACGCUAACGCUUGUAGCGUGAUUUACAUUUCAGUGAGAAACUAAAAGGGGCAAGGCACGUGCAGAAGCGGCGCUGACUCUCCCGGUCAUGGCUUCGUGAAAGAGCCUCUCCGGGCACGUUUUCGGCAUUCCCCGGGGUAGGGCUGCAUCCGAGCACAGAGACGCGCGUGCCAGAAAGGCAAGUAGAUAGCGAAAAAAAGGAUGGACAAAGAAGCUCUAAACCAGCGGUAUGAGCCCGUGGCUGAGAUCGGCGAGGGCGCGUACGGGAAGGUGUACAAGGCGCGCGACCUUAAGAACGGACGCUUCGUGGCGCUGAAACGGGUGCGCGUGCAGACCGAGGAGGAGGGCAUGCCCCUAUCCACUAUCCGCGAGGUGGCAGUACUGAGGCAGCUCGAGUCUUUCGAGCACCCUAACGUUGUCAGGUUGUUUGAUGUCUGUACAGUUUCUAGAACUGAUCGGGAGACCAAACUGACUCUGGUCUUUGAGCAUGUGGACCAAGACUUGACCACAUACCUAGAAAAAGCGCCUGAUCCAGGAGUGCCACCCGAAACCAUAAAGGAUAUGAUGUACCAGUUGCUGCAGGGGUUGGACUUCCUUCAUUCACACCGUGUGGUUCACCGAGACCUGAAGCCUCAGAAUAUUCUGGUCACCAGUGGAGGACAGAUCAAACUGGCAGACUUUGGCCUGGCACGCAUAUACAGUUUUCAGAUGGCGCUUACAUCAGUGGUGGUCACUCUUUGGUAUCGAGCUCCAGAAGUGCUCCUGCAGUCGAGCUACGCGACCCCAGUGGAUCUGUGGAGUGUGGGCUGCAUCUUUGCUGAGAUGUUCAGAAGAAGACCGCUUUUCCGUGGGAAUUCUGAUGUUGACCAGUUGGGCAAGAUUUUUGACGUGGUUGGAGUCCCUCCACCUGAAGACUGGCCCCAGGAAGUGGGUUUGCCUCAGAGUGCCUUUCCCCCUCGCCCCCCUCAGCCUCUAGAAGACCUGGUGCCUGAUAUGGAUGAGCUUGGAAAAUCACUUCUACUUAAAUUUCUGUCGUUCAACCCAGGCCGAAGGAUAUCGGCUUAUGAUGCCCUGUCUCACCCAUACUUUCAGAGCCUGGACAGCACCAGCAAGAGUCUCUAUGCCCAACCCUUCCCGAGCAAAAAGCCCUCCCUGGAGGAGAGAGCUGCUUGAAAAACUUUCCUUAUUUUUAUAGACUCACUGGCACAAGCCCCUUUUUGAACUUGUCUUCCAUCGCCGCAUUACAUGCUGCUUUUAGGCCUCGUUGAAGUAUUACCGCAAUUUUUGGUUGAUGCAUUUUCACUGCAGCAGGUAAUAUCAGUGUCACUGCCUGCGAAAAAAAAAAAAAAAAACAUCAAAAGCUGCUUUCCUGCCUGCCUGUCUUCCUUAGCAGGAAGUCCCUCUGCUCAGAGGAAACUCCACUGCCAGAUACCUGAUACAGAGGCUGCUACACCAUGUUGCCAGGGAUCACUCUGUCUUGACGAAUGCCAUAAAAAUAUAACUGCCAGGACUUAGCUAAUUCUUAGCUGAAUAAUUCACACUGCUCUAGAUCAGCAAGUUCACUGCCUGUGACUGACUCAAUAUCAUAUUUGAAUCCUGAAAAACCAUAUAGGUUUCACUGCUAAUGUGGGUCUGUUGAACAGAACCACACUCUAUAAGAUGGAGUUGCACACACACACACACACACACACACACACACACACACACACACACACACACUCUUUUGCUCAUGCUCUAAAAGUGCCCAGAGUCAAGCAUUUCGGUAAAUUAUCUGUCGGUAUAUCCCCCAAGGCUGGUCUUUGUGGACCUUGACAGCACAUUUAAUUCAGUGCCUUACGGAGAAUGAGAAAUCACACAACUACGGUUUAAGCCCUCACCACUGUCGAGGCCUUGAUGACCCUUUAUUAAUCCAGCAGACACCCAACACUUCAGGCUGGUUUUCUGGACACAGACUAAAGUCUGGUUUAUGCUUCAUCAUGAAUAUUUUAUAGAAUUUCUGAAAACGAGGUAGUAAACACAAAGUAGUGAUGACAUAGAUGAAGACAUUGAAGUUCUUAGUGUGGGCUCAUCUGUGGAACAUGAUAUUGAACCGCACCAUCUCAGCAGUGUUGGGCAAGAUAUUUUUUCAAAAUAGAGUUAUCUGCAACACAAGCUAUUUUACAUAAAAAUUCUAAACACUGAUCGCAUAGAAACAGUUUUUUUUUCUCCAAGACCAUUUUAUGUAAAUGUGGUUUACAGAAAGUAGUGUUGCAUCAGGUAGCAUCCUGCUUCACUGCUCCAUGGCUUGAUAAUGAGCUUCACAUAUUUAUGUGGGUUUCCUCCAGGUACAAAGGCUUCAUCAGACCUCCUAAAAACAUGCCAGUCACCAGAUUGGGUACUUUAAAUUGGUGUAAAUGCAAAUGUUUUUGGUGCAUUUCCACUUUGCUCCCAGUGGAACCUUUACAGCCCUGACCAGGAUAAAGCAGUUGCUGAAAAUGAAUGAAUGAAUCAUGUCCAUAACUCAACUUAUUUAAAAUAUAUUUUCUAAAAGCAACAUCAAGAAAAUGAAACAUUUUUGGCUGUUAUUAAUAGUGUUUGGCUAAAAGAGUUGAACUCUUGACAAGCUCACUGACAUGUUCCCAACUUGCUGCUGGGAAAUGUAGUUAACUAAUACAGCACAACAUUGCAUCUCAGACCACUUUCAGACCGGAUCGUCUUCAAAAACUGUCACUGGGUUGAAGCUGCCACCGGUUCCCACGGCUUUCCUACUGCUAGCCAAUAGAAGCACAACUGGGUGGCCCAGUUGGACAUUCAGUUUUGAAGCGAAACUUUUCCAAAUUGUGUUGCACCCCUCCCUCCUAUCUGAAUUGCUUUUCUGAUCUCUGGAAAGAAGCAUAAACCAGUCUUGACCAGUGUAAAUUAGUGUCUGGAAACCUGGCUCUUACACUUCUAAUAAUAUAGCAACACAUUAUAGUCUAUAUCUACACAACUUGUUCUUUCUACACUGUUCAAUUAUUUUUAAUAUCAGUGUUGAUUGUUGAUGACUUAUUGGGGUAAAGUCUUAAUUUUAGUUGACUUGAAGGUGUAGGGACUUGUAUGUAUGACUCGUAUAUUCUACAGUAUGUAUGCACCCUGUUGUUGUGUAAAUGGAGUAGUAACGCCUUAUGUAGUUUGAGGGCUGACCCUCACUGGGUAGGAUUUUACAGUUGAAACGAUUUGUUAUAAGAGCACGAAGAAGCGUAACUGGCAGGUGAUUUGAAAAAAAAAAAUAAUUGUAGUGCAGUAAUGCUCGAGCAAGUAGAAAAUGUCUAGCUUUAGAGACAAUGAAUGAGGCGUGAAAGGGUCGUUUUGAGAGAUUAAGAGUGUUUGCAGAGGUUGACGAAGGGUUAUGUAAUAACUGUGUUUUUUUUUGCAGAAAUUCAGGACUUGUACAUUCAGUUUGAACUUCCAUUUCAUCCUUCCAUUUUCCAAUUCACUCAAGUCUGGAUUGAUGAUAGCCAGGUAGCUCAGAGACGUAUCCAGCUUUUUGUCUGGCUCUUCAGAUGAGUCAGAAAGGGGAAGGAAAAGAAGAAGGAAGAAUGCUGCUUUAGAAAUGUAGGAUGUGGCCCAGGAGCUUGGUCCAAGAUGAGGCUAAACAGAAGAGAACAACACCCGUAUACUGUGUCGUAGGCCUUUAUCCACAGGUUCAUCCAUAUAAGCACUGGUGCUUCCUUCAUACACUCAGGAUCUCAGUAGACUCAUUGGUUCGUACUUAUUAGAUAGCUCUGAUUUUACAGGUGAUCUGUGAUGGACUUUUUUCCUUUCAUAGUAAAGAACAAUAUCUGAUCAAUAUAACUCACUCUACCACACACACUCAGGUCUAUUUAUGGUUGUUUAUGCAUAGAUUCAACAGGUUUCAUAUCUGUUUCAGUUUAAUCUUGUUUUAACAUUAGUGCAUAGUAAAUUAAGUCUGCAAACUAGUCACUGUAUUAAUUCCAAAAUAGCAUAGUACAAUAAAUGUUGCUUUCAGACUAUUUAUGGCUAUAUUUACACACGUUCAUCGGGUUACUGGUAUCAGCAGACGUUAUAACAAUUAACACUGUUACAGUCUGGACUUUUACAUUUAUGAAGGUUUUGAAUGAUUAAUGUCUUUUAGUCUAGAAAACUGGACUUGCGUUUUAAGCGUGAAGACAUUUCACCACUCAUCUGUAGUACAAUAUAAUAAACACGGUCCAGCAUAAUGAGGAAUUUCCAGAAUUGUAUGUUAAGUGAGUAAAUUAACCACUUAGAUGAACAGGAGAACAAAUUCCUCAGGGCAGGACCAAGCUAUCUGCCUAUACCUGAAAGACAGGCAACAUUCACAUCAAUUCACACUUCCAGAUGCAAGUGUUAGCCCAGUCUCAUGACAUCCAGGUGUAAGGUAGUUGGAAAUUUCCAGCUAUUUAGCAGAGCUGAUGAAGUCUUCAUGAUUGAAACUCAAGUCCAUAGAGGACUACAAGACAUUCUGGACACGUAUAUGUGUGGCGAUCUGGGGAGAAAAAAAAAACCUGUGAGAUAUCUCAGUGGCUGAACUCUGAAAAACAGCCAAAAAAUAGGGAAAACAAAACAAAAAAACAUAAACAAAAACAACACAAAAAAAAAACAAGGUUUUGACCAAAAUUGGGGUUUUCUGUCUCUAACAUACAUUAAGACUAGAAAUUUAACAAAUCAUAAAUAUAUUUCACAAAAACAAUGUUUUUAUGUUUUUAUUUUCUUUUGGGUAAGGAGCAAGUUUAAGAAAAGAGGUCUGCCUAAAGAUAAACGUCUGCCAAAACAUUGCUAACUAAGUGUGAUUUUCUUAGACGGUGAAUGUUAUGUUGAAUAGUUACAUACUGUAGUGAAAUGCAUAUAAGCAUACAAUCCAAUCAGUUUUUAAUCAGAUACUGACUGUCAAAAUGUCCAUGAUGCUCCUGCACUCCAACAGAGUCGUAAUGACAAGGGGUUUCCCAAGCUGCCACACAUACAGAUUUAUAAUAAAACAUGGAGACAGUUUUGUCUUUUUUUUUUUUUUUUUUUGUUUUUUUUGGGUUGCUGUUGCUUCUGACACUUUACCGCUAACAUUCCUUCCAGUUUUUUUCCAUGUGUUGUUAAAAACUCUUCUUCUCUUUUGGGCAGUUCCUCAAUAUGACUGUUUGUUCAGACAUAGCAUGUUCUUUCUCUCUCCCAAAAUGAGGAGCAAAUGAGGAUUGUUGUUAUUUUAGUGGGCAUUAGAUGUCAAAAAGUACAAAUAUUUACACUAGAAAGUGCUAAUUGUACUCGUUUGAUUACAGCAUUCAUUCCGCACUAAGCCUUUUCUGUCUCACAUAAAGUCACAAUGGCUUGGAAUUAAAGCUGAGCUCAAGGCUAAAGCUUUGGAAUGUUAAACUAAGAUAGUAACAAACUAAGAUGUGACAUUUGUCACAAAUAGCACCUUGAAAAUCACCCGAGUCACCAUAUUUGUGAAACAUUAAAAUGGAGUUUCCUCUAUAUUUCUCAUUUGCUCUAUAUUUUCUCAAGAUCAAUACACGAGGGUGACAUAAACAAUGAAUUGAACUAUUUUUCUUUAGUGUUUUCUUUUGCUUUAGUUGGGAAUUGAAAUAUAAUCAGUUGAGUUUUAUUUAAUCAGUUAUCAAUUUUACAUUUUUUAUUGUAUUUGCUGGAUAGUGGUACUUUGCUUUUGUUUUCAUUUCUUAUCUUCCUUAUAUUUUGUCUCCACUUUAUUUUUUAUGAUUUUUUUUUUUUUUUUUAGUUUAUUUAUUGCAUUUUAAUAGAAAUACAUUGAAAAGAUUGUUUUGUGAGAAUGAAACCUGCCUAUUUAGCUGGUAAUGUAUUGAUGGUGCUAUGAUAUAAGAAUUUCCUAAACUUGAAAUGGAAUCACUAUCAAUAUGGGGCAAAUUUGUGUUUAGAGAACCGCAACAGGGAACAUUCAAGAUUUCAAUAUUGCUUUUCCAUUUUUGUUUUUAUUUUCAACAUACAUUUCCCAUAUAAAACAAAUUCAAUUAGGGCCCUCAUGACAUAUAUAUGCCAUAUAUUAGACUUGAAUUACUUUAUAAUGAAUGGUAAUCCUGCUGAUUCCACAUAAUUUGCCUUAAAUGCUACAAAUAACCAAGGAACCGACUCACUGUGCAGAUCAAAUCUGUACUUCUACUGAAUUCCCCAAAUUACUGCGCAUUUUCUGAAAAUGGAAUAACUGCCUUGUUUCAAGCUGUAUCCAGGACUAUAAUGAACUAUUAUUGGUCUUUUUUUCUUUCUUUUUCAUUUUAGUGUCCACCACACAUAUGGAUUUCAUUGUACUUUGUAUUUCACUGGAAAAUUAAGAACUAUUUCAAGUUGUUUGUGAGAUAUUUUAUCUUUCUUGAUUUUCCAUGUCUUUAACCUAAUAACAAAAAAACAAACAAAAAAAAAAUAGGCUGUUGUUUGCAUUUAUAUUAUACUUUGUGGCUCUGUGUAAUCUUUACCUAAUUGAUCAUUCUGAUAUUUACUGAUUUGUUUUGUUGCUUAUCUUUCUGCUUAGCAGCAUUUUAACCAUACACAGUAACCAGAAGUAGGUUUUGUUCAGUGAUGUGUUUUUGUCAGUAGGUGUCGGGAUAUUUGUUCUGAAAGCUGGUGUGUGGAUUUCUGAUCUACAUUGUUUAUUUCAGUUACUGUUCUUGGCACUUACCAGUUCCUGAAAUGGUACUCAUAACACGUGGUUUAUAACACAUGCAUAGAAGCAUCGAAAUGUUACAGAUUUCUUUUUCUUUUUUUUCAAUUGAUUUUUCGGCCUUUUUUUUUCCGGUAUGGAAGUGAUUGCCUGUAUUAUUCUUAAUCAACUUUCAUUUUUGAGAAACUGAGGUAUUUGGCAGCUUUUCAUGGACUUAAUAUGACAACUGAAUAUCAGCAACAACUACAGCAGAUUUCUAUAGUCAGUACCUAAUGUAAAUCAAUAUUAUAAACCAUAAAAAUGGCUACUGUCAGUGGAUUUAGACGUUAUCAUUUGAACUUUUGUUUACUUUUACCACUGAGUCAGAAUCACAAAAAGAUACCUGAAUUCAUUUUCCUUUGCUGCUUCAGUUUAAAGCUUUGAAUGAGAAUAUAUCCAAGAUUUCCUUGAACCAGAUUAAAGUGAGAGUAUCAUUACUGGCCAUGGCUCUUUUUACCAUUUUAAUUUUAUCCUUAUUUUACACCCCCACCCUUGUUUCGUGCAUAAAUUAUUUAUACAUAAGAUUUCGUAUUUGUCUUAUUGUUUGUUUGUUUGCUGCUAAUUUUUCACAGCUUGGCACAAAUACAUGAUGAAAAGUACCCGCCUAAAUUUCAUGACAUUGAUCAAUAAAGCUGCUUAUGCUCAUUUGUUGCAUGUGUAACUGUCUGACAUUGGUUUUUUUUUUGUUUGUUUGUUUGUUUGUUUGUUUGUUUUUUAAAAUCUUUUUUUCCCUUUAAAUAAACAUUUUAAAAUGA